CCAUGCCAUCAUGGACCGCGGGACCUGUUGCUCGUUUGCGGUGGCCGCAGACGCGGCCGCCCAGCUAAUCAACGCGGCCCGGACUUCGGACGCGCUGCGUGUGGCACGGCUCGGCGCCAUGCGCGCAGACCCCCUCGCGCGCGACAGCGCAGGAUCGAGUGCUCUUCACCACGCCGCGCUGCACGGGCACGCGGAGGUCCUGGGCCUGCUGCUCGGGCAGAGGGCCGACCUGCACGGCGCGGACGGCCAGGGCUGGACGCCGCUGCACACGGCGGCCGCGCGCGGCCACGAGGCCGCGGUGGCCUUCCUGGUGUCGGCCCGUGCAGACCCCAGCAUGCGGACGCCGCCGCCAGGCCAGCUGAAGGCCCUCCAGCUCUUCUCCCGC